AUGAGUGUUUCCGCUGCCAAGAGGUCGUUGGACCUCGUUUCUUCAAAUUCGCUAGCGCAAUCCGACGAUUCGGUGUCUCGCCAUGACGAGAUGGAGAAUGACCACACACAUGAUGAUAUGCAUGAUAAUGAUGACAGCGAUCAACCAAGGAGGAAGGGCAGUAAGACGAGCAAGAAGCAAGAUUUAGACCCAGAAACCAAGUUGAAGAGAACUGCUCAGAAUAGAGCUGCCCAGAGAGCCUUUAGAGAGCGGAAGGAGCGAAAGAUGAAGGAGUUGGAGAAGAAGGUGCACAGUUUAGAGAGUAUUCAGCAAGAAAAUGAAGUGGAGGCCACUUUCUUAAGGGACCAGCUGGUCACGCUUGUUGGCGAACUGAAAAAAUAUAGACCAGAAACAAGAAACGACUCAAAAGUCCUUGAAUAUCUUGCAAGGCGAGAUCCUAAUUUACACUCACCAAAUUUCAACACUAAAAAUAACAGCGAGUCAAUUGUAACCCCUAACGAUGAUAUACAGAAAAACGUCAAACAAAAAAUGAAUUUCACUUUUCAGUAUCCGCUUGAUAAUGAUGAUAAUGACGCUAAAAAUAUGGAAAAGCAAUUACCGUCGCCAAAUGAUCCGAACCAUUCAGCCCGCGUGCCCAUAGCGCAAACGCAAAAGAAAUUAAGCGAUGCGACAGAUUCCUCAUCGGCUACCUUGGACUCCUUCUCAAAUAAUAACGAUGCUCUGAAUAUUACCCCAAACUCCUCUUCUUCGAUCGAUUGGCUAGAUAAUGUGAUGUAUACGAAUAGACUUGCAACAGGCGGUGACCAGAAAAAUGCGAGUAAUGAAAGCAAGAGUAAACCCAAAGGUGUUGACAGUAACAUGUUUUCCAAUGAUUUUAACUUUGAGAAUCAGUUCGAUGAACAAGUUUCGGAAUUUUGUUCGAAAAUGAACCAAGCUUGUGGUACGAAGCAGUGCCCGAUUCCCAAAAAACCAGUAGUUCAAUUAGACAAAGAGGUUUUUACUUCGUCUUCCGUAUUAAGUGCAAAUUCUCCGGUUUUAACAAAUACUUGGGAUUCUCAUUCCAAUGUUGCCACCAACACCCCUGCUAAUAUUACUACUAAUGGAAGUUCGUUUUCAAGCUUUGGUCAGCCAGGGUUCGAUCUCACUACUAAUCUUUAUGCUACCAAUGAUAAUCACACUGACAACAGUGACAACAAUAAAACUAAUAAUUACAACGACAUACUUCCAUUCAUAUCCGAAUCCCCCUUCGAUAUGAAUCAAGUGACUAAUUUUUUCAGUCCAGGAUCAAACAACACCACUAACGCAAAUAUUACUAAUAAUCAUAACCCAAGUCUCCAGCAAAGUACUAAAGACGACAUACCUUUUAUCAACACAAGUCUGGCUUUCCCAGACGAUAAUCCAACUAAUAUUCAAUUACAGCCUUUGUCACAAUCACAACAUCAGAACAAGUUCGAUUAUGACAUGUUCUUCAGGGAUUCUUCAAAGGAAGGUAACAAUUUAUUUGAAGAAUUCUUAGAAGAUGAUGAUGAUGAUAAUGAUGAUGACGAUAAUGAUGGUGAAGCCGUGAAUGCAUCGGAUGAUGAAUCAAACCUUAUCAAGAACAAACUAAUUAACGAAGAACCACAACUGCAAAAUCAAUGUCCCCUAUCAACACCAAAAAAUGGAAGUGGAGCUCUAAAGAACCAAAAUGGCAGUAAUAGAGAGGACGUUAACGAAAACGAUAGCGAUGUUGUUCCAUCGAAGGAAGGAUCUUUACUAAGGUGUUCGGAAAUUUGGGAUAGAAUAACGACACAUCCAAAAUACUCUGAUAUUGACGUCGACGGUUUAUGUUCUGAACUGAUGGCAAAGGCAAAGUGUUCCGAAAGAGGGGUCGUCAUCAAUGCAGAAGACGUUCAGCAGGCUUUAAAUAAGCAUAUGAACUAA